GGAAAACACCUUCGCUCGAUUGGUUUGUAGUGUAAAGUUUUUUACUACCACCGUCCCCCCCCCCCCGGAACUUCCUGCUGGUUCCCCAGUCCGGUCACAGAUGGAUGUGUGAUGACGUCGAUGGCAUUGUUGGCAACUUCUCUUACUUGGACACCCAGCAGCAAAUUUCCUCUGUGGGGGUAGUGUGGAUUUUUUCUGGAACGACCCAUUUGAGAAAUGCUUUUGCACAAAUUUUAAAUUUUCUUACAAACGCAACUCAUCACUGUAUGUCAGAAUACUGUUCUAAGUUGCAACUAAAAUCCAGAGGUCUAAAAGGCUCAAGUCAAUUCCACUGGAGUUGAACAUGUGUUAACUGCAUGUUUAUUUCAAAUCACCAAAACACAUUAAAAUAGCCCCCCAAAAUGGCACUUUAUUAACUAGAAUUUUAAAAGUCUGCAUUGUACUAUAUAAUUUAUACACGGAUAGCUUGGGAAUCCAAAUAUAUUUUUACAUAAUAACAAAAUUUAUUCAAACUAGUGCAGGCCCCUCCUGGGGAUUUCAGUCCCCCUUGAAGCUCCUGGGGAUUUCAAGUCCCCCUUGAAAUCCUGGCUACAUCACUGCUCAAUUCCAUUGUCAAUGAUGAUGUUAGCAUGAUUAGACAGAGUAGGUUAACAAACUAGUGUGAAUUAUGAGAUAAUCCAUUGAACACCAUGCAGUGAUCUAUCCUAACAUAUAAAAUCAUUUGGUGUUAGACAGUCAGAGUAAAAUACAAUGUAUAACUUAAUAGGUAAGAUAAUAAUGGCCAGAACUAAAUGAUAAACAAUAUUUUAAUAAUAAACCCAAAUUAGUUCUGCACCUUUGGUUUUUAUAACACUAUUCAUUCCAAUACUAGAACCUCAAUUGUCGUUAAUUAAAAUGUAUUUCAGUUGGCAAUUAACAAAAGUUGCGGUUUCAUCCGAUGACAUGUAUGCUUCUAACCAUGCUGUCCAUGCAGGUAUCUGACAGUUUUUAAUUUUCAACAUUUCCAAAGCGACUAUUCUCAAGAUUUGCCAAAAAAGUUUUCCAAAUAAGUACAAAUUAUAUUACAUCACUCAUCACUGUUCAUUUUACAUUCUUCAAGUAGAUGCAUGUUUACAGUACAGUAUAUCUUGUGUAUUUAUAAUUAAAUCUUGCAAUAUCUUGUUCAAAACCCUCAAAUCCAAGAUAAUCGGCAGCCAGCCAUGUUACCAGUAAGAUUUCUAGUUUGUUGACUUUGAAAUGACCAAGGUUGUACUCGAGUAUAAAUAUUUAUGCUUUAAUUAUUGAAUAGCCCCUGUAUGUCGCUGACAAGGUAUGCUUUUGUCGCGAUAUAAGAUGUUCUUUGCUCGCCAAAGGGCUUAUUUUACGCAUAAUUGUAUCUCUAAAUUGAUCAUUCCUGACUUUAAAUUCCAAAAGCCAGGCGAGAAGCAGUUUAAGACGUCUUUACAAGUCCAAAUUUAUUAUAAAUUGCAACAAAUAAUGCAUUCUCACUUCUUGCGUAAAAAUAUGCCCAGUCAGCGUUUUUAGCUGAAGCUACUGUUCACUACCGCUUCCGGGGGGCACCAAUGUUCUUUGGUGUUCCGGUUUGGAUUAUCUCAGGGCCUCUGAGAGCAAUAAGCGCAGAAGCCCUGGGUACGAGCUUGCUAAUACUCCAUGCCAAAUUACUACCAACAAUAGCAUAACACACGUGCUUAAGCGCAUAAUUCGGGUGGUGAAUAUAUCAUUUCAUAUUCACCGGAUGUGACGCAGGAUGAAAGUAGCGAUACUGGUUGUUACUGCUGACAUUAGCGGGUUACAAAACGGAAAAUUGCGAAGCGGACUGCUGCAAUUAAGAUCAAAGGCCUUGAAAUCUUAAUCUUAAGUGGAUUAUAAGUACUGUCAUCAUUAUCCUCAAAUCUCUUGGCGUCUUGAGACGGACUUGUCAUGACGUAAAUCAUAGACGAGAAUUAUCUUUUGAGGGGUAUGACGAAUUGAACCUGAAAAGAGCCAAAUUGAAGGUCCUUCUGCCAGAAAAUAUUACUAUUUGAUUCUCCGGGCUUAACUUUCCACGCUAGAAGUCACAAUUUUUAAGACACUCUUAAGACACACUUCAUUUAUUAAAUGUAAAAUUGAUAUUAUCGAACUUGACUUCACAGAAUCUCCAGCUUAAAAAUGUAUUUGUACAAGACGGCGUUAAUAAUUAGACACGUGUUCAAUGCAGAUUUACUAUGCUCAGAUUUACUUUACAGAUGCUCAACUAGUGUGAUAAUUGGCACCAAGUAGUUUUAUCCCACUUAGCAAAGUUUCAAUAAUUGUUCUUACAAUUUAUUUAUCUCUAUAAUGUUUUCUCCAUUGAUUAUCUCUAUAAUGUUCAGUAUUAAAUGUAAACUUAUAGGGUAGGGUAAAUUAAUACUUGCUUUAGCUGACACGCCUUGGAUUACCCUGGAUUCCAGAGCCUUCGACAGUAAAUAAUAAAUUGAAAAGUCGCGAAGGCUCUAAUUCAACGGGGGCGAUUCUUUGAUUAAACCGCGCACAACCACUAAUUCUGUUUUGUGAUUGGCGCGGUUUAAUCAAAGAAUCGCCCCGUUGAACCAGAGCCUUCACGACAUUUCAAUUUAUUAUUUACUGUCGAAGGCUCUGGAAUCCAGGGUAGCCUUGGAUUGGAGUUUGUCCCGUCCAUGCAUGUAUACUGUAGGUAUUUUCGUGGUGGAAAAUGAAAUAUAUUAAAUUAAAUCACUCAAUCUCUAUCUUGUAGGACUGAUAGUACAACGCAUGGCUCUAACAGGUGGAGCAUCUCCUGUUGAUUAUCUCAAAGCUUUUAACAUAACUUUAUUUUUGACAAGUGAAGAAAAAGAUGUUGAAGAAGCUCUGAAACAAGGUGAGGAAAAGGGUUUUUUAUCUUUAUCUAGUCUUUGUGCUUGCGUAUAA